UACCUGAUGAACUUCAGCAAUCCUAACAUGAUGGUGCAGAAGCUGACUGAAAAAUACGGGGACAUCUUCAGCUUACGUACGGGCAGUUUAUCAUUUGUGCUAAUAAGCGGGCUGCGCAUGGUCAAGGAAGUUCUUGUGAAUCAAGGGGAAAACUUCAUGGAUCGCCCUGAGUUUCCACUCGAUAAGGAGAUCUUCAGCAGUAUGGGAGGGAUCUCCUCCAAUGGGUACUGCUGGAAGCAACAGAGGAGGUUCACCUUGCCCACCCUCCGAAACUUUGGCCUGGGGAAGAGGGGCCUGGAGGAACGCAUCCAGGAGGAGUGCCGAUGCCUCGUGGAGGUGUUUGGGGAUGAGCAGGGGAAUCCUUUCAACCCACAGUUGACAAUCAGUAAUGCUGUUUCAAACAUCAUCUGCUCUGUCAUCUUUGGCAAUCGGUUUGACUACCAUGAUGAGGACUUCCAGAAACUGCUGAAGCUGCUGGAUGACACAAUUAGGCUUCAUGGGGCAAUCACGAGCCAGCUUUACAGCUCUUUCCCAUCUAUAAUGAAAUAUUUGCCUGGCUCACACCAAACCAUCUUUAAAAACGGAAGGUGGCUGAGAAGUUUUGUGAAAGAGAAGAUUGACAAACACAAGGAGGACUGGAACCCCUCGGAGAGCCGGGACUUCAUUGACAGCUACCUGCAGGAGAUAGCCAAGGACACCAGCAACAGCAUCUUCAAGGAGGAAAACCUCGUGGCCUGUGUGCUCGACCUGCUGGUCGCUGGGACUGAGACCACUGCCACCACCCUCCGCUGGGCUCUGCUGUACAUGGCCCUGCAUCCAGAAAUUCAAGCCCGCGUGCAAGCCGAGAUCGACGCCGUCAUCGGGCAGGUGCGGCAGCCAGCCCUGGAGGACAGGAGCAACAUGCCCUACACCAACGCCGUCAUCCACGAGGUGCAGAGGAAAGGCAACAUCAUCCCUUUCAAUGUGCCAAGAAUGACCUCAAACAACGCGGUCGUGGAUGGCUUCCACAUACCAAAG